GCGUUCGUGUAUUCGGUGAUCUUUUGCGCCGUCUUCUUGCUUGAUGUCUCCUGAGCGGUGGCGGCGCCGGGUCGAAGGCUGACUUAACCGCGAGGCCCCUCGCUCAGGCUGCUUUCUCCCGCUGGUCGGUAGAGCGGACCCCUUGCAUCCUGCCUGCCUCUUUUUCCUGUCGGUGGCUGAGUCCCCUCGCUGGGCUGCAGACGGAGCCCCCGCCCGUCUUGCAGAUUUCCAUGAAGACAACUUACAAGGACCUGAAUGGCCUCAUUUUAGCUGCUUCAGCUUGUGGAGCAAUUGCUCGCUCCUUCUCUUCCUGUGCCUGGUGUGACAGUGGCUACUGAGCACCAUGAAGGUUGUUCCAGAGAAGAAUGCUGUCCGGAUACUCUGGGGGCGAGAACGGGGCACUCGGGCCUUUGGAGCUCAGCGGCUUCUGCAGGAGCUAGUGGAAGAUAAAACGCGGUGGAUGAAAUGGGAGGGCAAGAGAGUAGAACUGCCGGAUAGUCCACGCUCUACCUUUUUACUGGCCUUCAGCCCAGACAGGACUCUGUUGGCCUCCACCCACGUGAACCAUAAUAUCUAUAUUACGGAGGUGAAGACUGGCAAGUGUGUUCAUUCUUUGAUUGGACACCGCCGUACUCCAUGGUGUGUCACUUUUCAUCCUACCAUCUCAGGCCUUAUUGCUUCUGGCUGCCUAGAUGGGGAGGUCAGAAUUUGGGAUUUGCAUGGUGGCAGUGAAAGCUGGUUCACAGACAGCAACAAUGCCAUUGCUUCUUUGGCUUUCCACCCUACGGCUCAGCUCCUGUUGAUUGCCACUGCCAACGAGAUCCACUUCUGGGACUGGAGUCGGCGAGAGCCCUUUGCUGUCGUGAAGACAGCUAGCGAGAUGGAACGGGUCCGUCUGGUGAGAUUUGAUCCUCUCGGACACUACUUACUCACAGCCAUUGUUAACCCCUCUAAUCAGCAGGGUGAUGACGAACCAGAGAUCCCCAUAGACGGAACAGAGUUAUCCCACUACCGUCAGCGUGCCCUGCUGCAAUCACAGCCAGUUCGCCGGACGCCUCUCCUCCACAAUUUCCUGCACAUGCUGUCCUCCCGCUCCUCUGGCAUCCAGGUGGGAGAGCAAAGCACAGUGCAAGAUUCUGCUACCCCCUCACCCCCACCGCCUCCCCCUCAGCCCUCCACGGAGCGCCCCAGGACUUCCGCUUACAUCCGGCUCCGACAGCGGGUCAGUUACCCCACAGCUGAGUGCUGCCAGCACCUUGGGAUCCUGUGCCUUUGCAGCCGCUGCUCUGGCACUCGAGUUCCUUCCCUCUUGCCACACCAGGACAGUGUCCCCCCUGCUUCUGCCAGGGCUACUACCCCUUCCUUUUCUUUUGUACAGACCGAGCCCUUCCAUCCCCCGGAGCAGGCCUCGUCAGCGCAGCAGGACCAGGGCCUCCUGAACCGGCCGUCUGCCUUCAGUACAGUCCAGAGCAGCACUGCCGGCAACACGCUCCGCAACCUCAGUCUGGGCCCCACCCGUCGCUCUUUGGGAGGCCCUUUGUCCAGCCACCCUUCUAGAUAUCACCGAGAAAUAGCUCCUGGGCUGACAGGGUCCGAGUGGACCCGGACAGUGCUCAGUCUGAACUCCCGCUCUGAGGCAGAAUCCAUGCCUCCACCCAGGACCAGUGCCUCUUCGGUGAGUUUGCUGUCUGUGCUGAGACAGCAGGAAGGUGGCUCUCAAGCGUCUGUGUACACUUCAGCCACAGAAGGGAGGGGUUUUCCAGCUUCAGGGUUGGCAGCUGAGUCAGAUGGAGGAAGUGGCUCCAGCCAAAACAACUCAGGCAGCAUUCGCCAUGAGCUUCAGUGUGACCUGAGACGCUUCUUUCUGGAGUAUGACCGGCUUCAGGAGCUGGACCACAGCCUGAGUGGAGAAGCCCCCCAGACCCAACAGGCCCAGGAAAUGCUCAAUAACAACAUUGAAUCCGAGAGACCAGGCCCCUCCCACCAGCCCACCCCACACAGUAGUGAGAACAACUCCAACCUGUCCCGUGGCCACCUGAACCGCUGUCGUGCUUGCCACAAUCUCCUGACCUUCAACAACGACACCCUGCGCUGGGAAAGAACCACACCCAACUACUCCUCUAGCGAGGCCAGCUCGUCCUGGCAGGUCCCCACCACCUUCGAGGGCAUGCCAUCGAGUGGCAGCCAGCUGCCACCCCUUGAGCGGACUGAGGGCCAAACGCCCAGCUCCAGCAGGCUGGAGUUGAGCAGCUCUGCUAGUCCGCAGGAGGAGAGGACUGUGGGAGUGGCCUUCAACCAGGAGACAGGCCACUGGGAAAGAAUUUAUACCCAGUCUAGCAGAUCUGGAACUGUACCACAGGAGGCCUUACAUCAGGAUAUGCCUGAGGAGAGCUCUGAGGAAGAUUCACUCAGGAGGAGGCUGCUGGAGUCUUCCCUCAUUUCAUUAUCCCGUUAUGAUGGAGCAGGAUCCAGAGAGCACCCAAUUUACCCAGACCCAGCGAGAUUAUCUCCUGCUGCCUACUACGCCCAGAGGAUGAUCCAGUAUCUCUCCCGGAGAGACAGUAUUCGCCAGCGCUCCAUGCGCUAUCAGCAGAACCGCCUCCGUUCUUCCACCUCCUCCUCUUCCUCAGACAACCAGGGCCCAUCAGUAGAGGGAACCGACUUGGAGUUUGAGGACUUUGAGGACAAUGGUGACAGAUCCAGGCACCGAGCUCCACGCAAUGCCCGGAUGUCCGCACCUUCACUUGGACGCUUCGUUCCAAGGCGUUUCUUGCUGCCUGAGUACUUGCCUUAUGCAGGGAUUUUUCAUGAACGUGGACAGCCUGGCUUGGCAACUCACUCUUCUGUUAACAGGGUCCUGGCAGGGGCAGUGAUUGGUGAUGGACAGUCUGCUGUGGCCAGUAACAUUGCCAAUACUACCUACCGGCUCCAGUGGUGGGACUUCACUAAGUUUGACCUUCCUGAAAUCAGUAAUGCUUCCGUGAAUGUGCUGGUGCAGAACUGCAAGAUCUACAAUGAUGCCAGCUGUGACAUUUCUGCAGAUGGCCAGCUCCUGGCGGCUUUCAUCCCUAGCAGCCAAAGGGGCUUUCCUGAUGAAGGCAUCCUGGCAGUGUACUCCUUGGCCCCCCAUAACCUGGGUGAAAUGCUCUACACCAAGCGAUUUGGUCCCAAUGCCAUUUCGGUGAGCCUGUCCCCAAUGGGCCGAUACGUAAUGGUGGGCUUGGCCUCGAGGAGGAUCCUGCUGCAUCCCUCCACAGAGCACAUGGUGGCCCAGGUCUUCAGGCUGCAACAAGCCCAUGGCGGCGAGACCUCCAUGAGGAGAGUUUUCAACGUCCUUUACCCCAUGCCUGCCGACCAGCGGAGACAUGUCAGCAUCAACUCUGCCCGCUGGCUGCCCGAGCCAGGGCUUGGCCUGGCCUAUGGUACCAACAAAGGAGACCUGGUGAUCUGCCGACCAGAGCCGUCCUAAUGCUGUCCUCCACUUGGUGCGGAGUCUUCUCCAGGGGUGUUCUGCAGAUCACAGAGCAUGGCGUGACUGGUCUGGUAGGGUCUGUGGCUAUUGGAAGUGUCUGUGUUGCCUUUUGAUAGGGCCUCUGGUGAUUUUUUCCUAGGGUGUGUAUUUGGGUCAGUUCUCAUGCCUGGUAGGGGACUGAGCCUUGUCCGCUGAGCUAGGUCAGUGGCUCAGGAGAAAGGAAACCCUGUUCUAAGGGCAGCUCUUUCACUCUAUCCUGCAUUUUUGGAGCCCCUCCCAAGAGAGGCUGCCGUCUGAGACUGUGGUUCUGCCUACCACACUCUGCUCAGGCUCUGUGUCCAGAGGGCCCCUCUCACUAGCUCCUCGUGCCUUCCCAGAACCGAGCCUGGCUCUUUGACGACUGUGCCACCAUUAGUCUCGGCACUGGCUCUGUCCAUUUCUGCCCUCCCCCUGGCCUGAUCAUAGUCCUGGGAUCAGUCUGCUCUGAGCUCUUUCUUUUUUCCCAAAGCACAUGAGACCGAUUAUCUUAUCUCACCCUCUUAGGAGUUCGUAAGAGGACUCUGAUAGGCAUCUUUUCCAAAACUGGCACAGAAUUCUGGGCUAUAAUUUUAUUCUUAACCAACACUGUAGUUACAGGCCUUCCUUUUCCUGUUUCUCCAAGACAUCCUUCCUCAACAUUAUUGUCUCGUCUGUAGCUCCAGCCACUAAACCUUUGUCCCAGCCAAACUCCCAGCCCCCUCCCUUGUAAAAAUGACCUGCUCCAACAGAGGCAGACUCUCUACCUCCAGUUCAUCGUGGUGCCACAAAGGCUUAUAUGUCUGAAACCCCGGCCUCCGCACUUGCUGUGAGUCACGGACACCUCAGCCAAACAUGAAGCUGGCUUUGGCCUCUCUUCUCUCUUUUCUGCCCAUAUGUUGUCUUCAACAUCCAGCACCAGCAGGCUGGAGCCACCCUGGGCUGCCUGGGGAACGUAGCCGCAGGAACUCCGGCCUCUUCCAGGAGCAAGCGGGCACCGGCAUUUGACACCGCGAACAGGGGCCCAUUGCAGACCUAGUUGUGUUGGCCGUGUUGGCCCGAGAGAAGGCUAGCUUGCCCUGCCUGUGUGGGGUUGCUGUUUUUCCUGAAUUGUUGGGUCAUUCUGGCAAAUGCCCUAAAUCUUAGGGCUGCAUAUUUAUUUGAGGGAACCAUGUAAAUUAAGGCAGACAUGACUUUGUCCUAACUUGUUCAGAGCUGCUCUGCUCCUCAGUCCCCUUCGUAUCUGUGGGGUUUGGCUUCAGGCAGGGAAGACUGAGCAGUAUUGAGGUAAAGACGGGAAGACUUAUCCAAGGCCACCCAGCAGAUCAGUGACAGAAUUAGGUUCCCUGACUUUCUAAUUCUGAGCUCUUCCCUACAGCUGGUUUGUUUUUUUUUUUUUUACCUUUUUUCUAUCAUGAAUAACUUUAAAAUUCUGAUAGAAACCAUGUAUGCUCUUCUACAGAAAAAUACACCACAAGAACAUCCACGUAAUUUCAUAGCUCUCUUAAGACCUCAGGUAAAGCAUGCAGCCCUAGAUCACGUUGAGACAUUUAAGCAGGUCAAAUGAUUGACAUGGAGGGAAAUGAGAGAGGAGAAGGGAGAAUGUUCACAUCUUUUGAACAGUCUUUGGUGGUCUCUGGCCUAGAAUAAGGAGAACAAGUGAAUAGGGCAGGAGGAGCUCAGGGUUGUUGUCUCUCCAGUAGGCGGCUGCCUGAAGCUCCCCGCCCUUACCCUGGUGACAGGGCUCUCGCACACCUGUUCCCGAGGGCAUAGCAGCUGGCCAGCCGGGGUUACAGCCCUCCCCCCAAGAACAGGUGCUUGUCUGCCUUCGUCUGCGGACACGGGCAGCUGCACCCCGCUUUGUGCUUUCUGUCUCCCUCUUGAUUUCUCCUCCAUUGUCCUAGCCUCCACACACUCUCCAAGCACAAAGACAGAGGUCACAAGCCCCUUGGGCAUCUCUUGGUGGCACUAAAACCCCACUGACAGUAGAACAAGGCCUCAGGAAAUACUCCCAUCAUUCUAGGGAACGAAAUUCUGACGAUAGGCGAGGAGACGAGCAGCUGGCCCCGUAGCGCGUGUGCGAAGCCAUUAGGGUGGCUGAUAGCCGGGGCCCCCCACCCUUCCUAGCAGCAAGGCCCUCCUUUCUCCUUUGCUUUGCUCCCCCACCGGCCGCUCCUCCCAAGCUGCUGCUGUGCUGGCUGACUGCCAGCCCAGCCAACACCCCCACCGAUAACCACAGUGGGUGUGAAGUACCAGAUUGAUGUGAGGGGGUGCUUGCUCACUUCCGGCUUCAUAGAUCAGCCCUACAAAUGGGGGGGAGGUGUUGCUGGGAAGACCACUGCUUCUCAGAGUCAGCUCUGAAGACAGAAUUGAGGGACUCCUGCCAGAAGAAACUAGGUCGGGACUGUGGGGCAUCUGGCCCCCUGGCUGAGUGUGGGACCCCUGACAGGGCCCCAGCUCUGCCCCUUAAGAGGACGCUACCGCUGUAAACAGUGAUUGCAGUCAAGCAUCACUGACCAAGGAAGAGAAAGGCACACCCUGAAUCAGAAGGGGAGCCACAGAGACUUCAUCUUUCCGGCUGUCCCAUAGGAGCCAGGUGCCAGCUCUUUCCCACGUUGCAGAGAGAGUGGGGAUAAAUGCGUGUCCUUCUUUCAAAGAGACAGCCAUGUAAGGGAUAGAUGAAAGAAGAUGUUCUCAAAGAGAAUAUUCCCUACAAGUGGAGGAGUUCAGGCUGAGUCGGUGGAACGUGCAGCUCUUGAUCUUGGGUAUGUGAGUUCGAGCCCCACUUUAGGUGUAGAGAUUACUUAAAAAUAAAAUCUUAAAAAAAAAAAAAAAAGUUGAGAUGUUCAGAGCCAUAAUCUGCAUGGGAGCAUGGUCACCACUGAGGAAGCCAGGCCGGCUCCUAGCUAGGUUGAGGGAACUCAGAAGGUCCCAGCUGUGAGGGAGUCACUGAGCCCAGCCUGGCAGCACAGCCGCGGAUGCUGCUCAAGGAAGCCUGGGAUGCAGUGGAAGCAAGUCCCUUUGAAAAGGCUGGCCCUGCUCGGCCUUCCCGCGCUUCCUCAUCCCUUCGUGUGUUUACGUGGCUUCCGGGAAGAACCCAGAGGCAACAGUGACUCAUUGAUCCUUACUAAGACUCAAGGAGAAAAGAGAUGGUUGGGAGCAUUCUUCAGCUUUUAGGCGGAAAUCAGUGAUACUGGGUAUUGGAGGCUAAGAGUCUCAGUAGCCAGAGAGGGUGUCUUCACCUCUGAUCCUUGUACAGUACCUGGAAUUUUAACCAAACUUCCAAAAACAUGAGCUUGUUGUCAUCCAGCUGCUCUGACCACAGAAAGUAGAACAGGUCAGGGCUCCAGUAGACCUGUUGAUGGCGGGGAGCAGCGUGGUACGCAGUAAGGAGAGGGGCCGGCUGGAGCAGCACAUCUGCCGGUCUCUGUCAUCCCCUUCUUGGCCGUUGACCUCAUCACUGAAUGUCCUGAACCCGCAGCUCUGAGCUGACCUUGCAUGCUGCCCAAUGGAACGUGUUUGAGGGGACCCUUUGACCAUCAGCAUGAUGCUACCACUCCCAGCACAGGGACUGGGGCCUUCAGGUGGCCUGUCUUCUAAGACCGGAAGGAAGGUUCCUGUCCACGCAGCACAUGGCUCGGCGUAGGUCUAGUGUGGACAGUUUGUUGUCGCUCACCAGCCCUGGCUCGCGGGAGUUACAGAGGAGGGACUUGGCGGGGCCCCAGAUGGUAUUGCCACCUGUCAAUAAAUCUUGACAAGUUUGUAAAUCAGAGGCUCCCUGGCAGCUGGCCUCACGUGGGGCCUCAUGCAGCCAGGAUUUGCUUAGCAAAAGCUGCAGUGAUGGCUUUGUUUCGGGGGCCGCUGCUGUUGACCUCUGGCCCUGUGCCUCUUCCCUCAUGGAAGGUCCUCUCCCGUCUCCUGGGCUCUGCAGUGCCCCUGCUGUUCUCAGACAGCAGCCCCCCCCCCCCCCACACACACACACACAAGAGAGCUGAAUGCUCUGAGGAGGAAGGAGCUGCUUCUUUUUAAACAGACGGUCUGGAGAAGAUCACACCAAAAACGCAGCCCUGUGGGUCCCCGGGGCUACCCGAGGGCGGUUAGACCGGAGCAGAGAAGGAAGAGCACCUGUGCUUGGCUGUGGCUCUUUUCCUCAAACACACUCUUGUGCCCCUUAGGUGAAGCCCAGUCCCCAGAAUCUUCAUGACCUUUGAGAGACAGAUGCAGGGCUCUGGCCCAGGCCUGUUCCCUUUCACCUGCAGUAGCACACUGUCCUGACAUGGGGUCCCUCGCCAUCCAAGCCCUGUCAGGUGCCCAUCCUGGCUAAUCCUGACAUCACUUGCCCCCGCAGAGGGCCUUUUCCUCAUGACCCACUGACUUUAAUUUUUCUGCUCUUCAUUGAAGAAGUUCUGUCAUUAAAGGAAGAUGGCCGGGGGCUCUAGGUGAGAAAGUUGGCUUUUGUUGGAGCUUGUCUUGGCUCGGGCAGCCAUUACAGAACACCACAGACUGAAGGUCUUAAUCAACAGAAAUUUAUUUCCUCACAGUUCUGGAGGAUGGAAGUCCGAGGGGAGGAGCUAGCAGGGCUGGGUUCUGGUGAGGGCUGUCUUCUCACUGUGUCCUCUCAUGGUGGAGAAAGAGAUCUCUUUCUUACUCUUCUUCUUUCUCUUUUUCUUCUUCUGUUUUUCUGAGAUUUAUUUUUAAAUAGUCUCUACACCCAACGCGGGUCUCAAACCUCACAGCCCCACGAUGGAGAGUUUCAUGUUCCGCUGACUGAGCCAACCAGGCGCCCCACUUUCUUACUCUUCUUAGAAAGCCACAGUCCUUCUAGAUUAGAGUCCCACCCUUCUGGCUUCAUUUAAUCUUAAUUACCUCCUGAAGACCCUCUCUUCAGCUGCAGUCUCACCGGGGGAUAGGCCUCCCAUCUGUGGAUUUGGGGGGAUACAGUUCAGUUCAUGGCCCCGCUCCUCCAGCAUGUGUGCACGCCCUGUCCCAUUUAGGAGCAGAGCCGGCUGUUUAGAGUAUCUCUUACAGUCUCCAGAGGGACACCAGGGUUUGGUUUGGGUUUUGUUUCUUGGGUUUUUUGUUUUGUUUUGUUUUUCAAAAUUUAUUUAUUUG